UCCUUAAGCAUUCCACGAAGCUUCCCCAUUUCAUGUAUUAUACCUUAAAUGGGUGAAGACUUUUCAUCUUUCGUCUUCCUCCAGCUUUUAUUACUCUCUCAAAACACCCACAUAGUCGCCGGAAUAUCGAACUCCGAUACACUUUUUAUAAAGAAAAAAGAUGACAAAAAGGUUUGCCGACAACCCGGAAUCCGACCAAUGUUGGCAGAACGAAAGACGGCAGCGAACUCGACCUUCUUUGGCUUCUGCAAUUGGGGAGGUGGUGAAGAUGAAUUUUGUUCAGAAUUUCUGUACUGCGUUGGAGCCGAUGCUUCGAAGAGUGGUCAACGAGGAAGUUGACAAUGGUCUACGAAGAAGAAUACCAUCUUACGCUAGGUCGAAUUCGUUGCUUAUCAAGGCACUAGGACCCUCAACCAUGCAGCUGAAAUUCAGAAAGCUUCUUACCCUCCCAAUUUUCACUGGCACAAAAAUAGUAGAUGAAGAUGGCAACCCUCUUGAGAUAUACCUUGUUGACAUCAACAACAAUCAAGAAUCGAUCAUUUCUUGUGCUAUAAAAUUACAGAUUGUGGUCGUAGAUGGGGAUUUCCCAUCUGCCAAUAGUAAUAUCUGGACUAGUGACGAGUUUGAAAAGAAUAUCGUGAAGGAAAGAAGAGGAAAAAGACCAUUGCUUGCUGGGGAUGUCAGUGUUACUAUGAGGGAUGGUGUUGUUACAGUUGGCGAUAUUGAGUUAACCGAUAACUCAAGCUGGAUUCGAAGCAGAAAGUUCAGAAUUGGGGCUCGAGUUGUUCAAGGAGAGACUCCUGGGAUUGUAAUACGUGAAGCCAUGACCGAUGCCUUCGUGGUUAAAGAUCAUCGUGGUGAACUGUACAAGAAGCAUCACCCGCCAAUGCUUCAAGACGACGUCUGGCGCUUAGAGAAGAUUGGGAAAGACGGAGCUUUCCAUAAGAAGCUCACUUCAAACGGCAUCAAGACCGUGCAAGAUUUCUUGAAGCUUUCAGUAGUCAAUGAACCCAAGCUUAGAAAGAUUUUAGGGCUUGGAAUGCCCGAUAAAAUGUGGGAAGCAACACUAAAACAUGCGAGAACUUGUGUUCCUGAAAACAAGUUCUAUAUAUCGCGUGGUCCUAACCAUACCAUCUACUUGAACCCUAUAUGUCAAGUAGUAAAGGCCGUGAUCAACGGAGAUACUUUCUUCGGCAAAGAUCUAUCAAGCGUCAAUAGGGCGUAUAUUGAAAAAUUAGUUGAAGAGGCUUAUCAGAAAUGGAACUCUUUGGAAGUAGUUGAUGGUGUCAUGAAUGAAACUCCACUUCUAACUCAAGGUGAUAUGGCGUAUCAAUACCCACAUAAUAACACAAUGACAAUGGCGAUGUACGAAGGGCAGGUUUUUCCGGCUGGUCAGACCACCGAGCUAGCGUUCGUGUCAAACAAAGACUAUGUUGGUGUGGUGGGUUCAACGUACUUUUUAGCACCAACUGAGGCUUACAACUUUGCAGAGUCUUCUUCGGAAGGUGAAUUUGGAGCAACAUACAAUUUCAUUAAAUAAUUAUUGUUGAUUUGUUCAUAAAACCAACAUGGAAAUUUGUGCAUAGCCACCUCUUGCAAAGUCGACGACAUAUGUAAAUAUAUAUGUCAUCUUAUAUAUAGCUUAUUAUAUGUCAAAUUCCAUUCACA